CCCUUUGUAGACGGCGGCAGGUGUGCUUAUCAACUACGGUGCGGUCUCUACAUUUGUCAUUAAUUUUGCUUAACAUUCCAGGAGUUAAGAAACUGUAUUCAUUAAAUUCAUUGUCACCGUCGUUAUCAUGUCCGGCCAUCCUGUGGCUAUCGUUGUUCAGAACAAAGAGACUCGAGAGUUCGCGCUGGACGAGGCAGCCCUGCGGGGCGUCCUGCUGCGGCCUGAAGUGGGCGACAAACCCGUCUGCGUGGUGGCGGUGGCGGGGGCGUUCAGGACCGGCAAGAGCUUCCUUCUGAACUUCCUAGUGAAAUACUGCGUCAAUGAAGGCUCACCGAACUGGCUGGGUGAUCCGUCGCAGCCGCUGGAAGGCUUCGUCUGGAGCAGAGGCAUGGAGGGGCAGACCGCCGGCAUUUACAUCUGGAGCAAACCUUUUACUAUCUACGAUAAACCAAGCGGCAAAGAAGUGGCAGUUAUUCUCAUGGAUACUCAGGGCACGUUCGACACCCAAACCUCGUUGCGGGUAUGUUUAGUGGGCUCUUAUCUACUAUAUCAGCGACAACAGGAUCUUUUAAUAACGCUGUUGACCUCCUCCGUGACGGUGUACAACCUCAUGAACAACAUCCGCGAGGACGACCUCAUGAACCUGCAGACGUUCAGCACCUACGGAGCCUCGGCGCAGAAGGAGAUCAAAGAGUCGCGCGCAUUCCAGAACCUAUUGUUCCUGGUGCGCGACUGGAAUUUUCCUCAGCAGCAUCCAUGUGGCCACGAGGGCGGUCAAGUUGUACUGGAGAAAGUGCUAGGCCAGCUAGGGGAAAAGGCGGAGAAGCCGAUGCAUGAGUCGGCCCGCCAGAGGUUGAGACAAGGCCUCCGUCAGAGUUUUGAGAAGCUGGAGUGCUACCUCAUGCCGCACAUCGGCUCCGGCCCGGCCGAAGACUCCAAUUUUGAUGGUCGACCAAAUCAACUGAGCCCAAAAUUCGUGGAGCACAUCAAGCUGCUGGUGCCUCGCCUGCUGGCGCCUGAGCGCCUCGUGGUGAAGCGUUCAGCGGCGCGGCGGGGACAGCCCGCCACCGGGGAUCGAAGAGCUGGUGGACUUCAUCAAGACCUACAUGGCGAUCUUCAGGGAGGGAAAACUGGUGGAACCCACCAGUCUGGCUGAGAUGAUGGCGCUCGUAUGCAGUGAUGGAGCUCGUAAUAUUGCUCUUGAAGUCUACAAAAAUGCCAUGAAUUCUAUUUUCUUCCCCGAUGGAAAAUCAUAUGAGACCACCGUUCUGUCGAGCCAACACUUGGCAUACAAGCGUGACGCCGUCGCAGCCUACCUCAGAGAAAACCAAUACGCAGACAGCAGUGAACUGUUUCCGGUUGUUCAUGACGUUAAAGAGCAACUUGAAAAGGAAAUCGACGACCACCUCCUUCACUACAUCGAGGUUAAUGAUCACAACAGAAAUAAAUGGAAGCUAAAAAUAGUUGGUAUGGUGGCUGCGCCGGUUGCUACUGUUGCAGCGGCGACUGCUGCCGUUGCAGGUAUAAUGUUAGCCCGCCGCUGAACAAUAAAAAACGAUUCUCUGGAUUAUCGCGGUGUCAUUGAAGAAUUAUCAUAUAAUAGUCACUUCUAUUCCCAUAUAAAAAAAUAUUUUUGUAUCCACACAAAGUUAAAUUAGGAACUGUUUACGAAGAAUAUUACUUACAACAAUUUAUCCUAUAAUAUUAUCAAGUACAAUUAUUUACGAAUUGUUACAAAACGCCUUUGAUAAUUGAAGUCAGAAACAUAUUACCUGACCGUUGAUAUUUCCGAUUUGUUGCGUUCAAUUUUUUCAGGUAUGAAAUUCUUCCUGCUAUGAAAUGUUCACAAUAUUUUCUUUACUAAUUUCAGUGUAAGCAAGAAUUGGAUAUCAUUCUGCAUGCAUACAGACUUAUAUGAACUUUUGUACAUUACAAAUGCCUGACCUGAAAGAAUGGCCAUUUGAAGUAAAUCUUUCAGUCGAGUGACCUACUGAGUGUUUUUGACUGUAUUAUUUCAUUUGCAUACGCUAAGAUUUAAAAAUUAAUUAUUAUAUUAGUGAUCCUUUUUUGAACAUCACUUUUGAAAAUUCGAAAAAGGCCAUCGAAUUUUAAGAGCAGCUGAGAAUAUAUGUUUUCAUCUGCUUGUUAUUAUUACGGUCAUUAUUGUAGUUCUUUUAAAUUAAUAAUUUACUGACGCAUUCUUGCUCAUCCAUUCUUAUUAGCAUCCUUCCCAUUUCUUUACAAUUAUUUUUUUAACCCCAACGCAAAUCUUAAAUCGGUAGGUAAUGUAAUUCUAGCUUCGCUUCCAGCCUGUAGGUCGUUCAUUCGUAAGAAAUUUUACAAAUUUAUAAGGAUAGCGACUAUAAUUAUCCUUGUUUUACUUUUCUAAGUCUGUCCGUACCACUAAUACCAUUUCACUAUUUUAUGUGGUUACAGAUAUUUAGUCGAAAUUCACGAUAAAUUUUCAUGCACGGAACCAGUAAUUUUAUUCUUUUUUUCUGAUAUAGAUCUUCGACCUCUUGUAAUUACUAAAUUUCCAAUCGAGCAUUUUUGCCAUGAAUUCUGUUCCGUCAAGUCACCUAUAUACUACAACUGUUACCAAAAGUCACAAGCGGCAAAUCUGCGAUGGAAAUAUAAUAUUGCAGGAAUGUAAUUCUUAGUCUUUACUCGAAUGCUUGUGUUGAUCUUGAUGUGUUACCAAAUGACAUAUCAAUAAUUAUUGCGCAGUGCACUCAUAAUAGGACUUAUAUACUUCUCAUU